UCGCUCGCUCGCUUAAUCAGAUUAGAUUUCGAAUUUCUGAAUUUGUGUCUCGCUUGAAUUUUUAACUUUUGCCUCAAAACUGUAAAAUUUCGAUUAGUUGCCAAAUUGCGGUUGUGUGUAGAGAUCGAUUCCGUACAAGCUGGCAGAAGAUGAGAGCUGUCAAAACGCGCAAAAAUCAUGCUAGAUUGCAAAAUCCAACUCAAUUCUCCGGCUUGCCCUCGGGAGUACAAUAUAGAGCUGCAUAUCCACAGCAGACCGUUGGAGCUAUCAGCAAAUCAAAGCCAGCAUCAGUUGUCGGUGGCCAGCAGCAAGAUCCGCAGCAAUAUAUUGCGCAGCAACAGCUGCAACAGCUGCAACAGCUGCAACAACUGCAACAACUGCAGCAACUGCAACAGCAGCAGCAACAGCAGCAGCAGCAGCAGCAACAGCAGCAGCCAGCAACAACAGCAGCAGCAGCUGCAGCAGCAGGAGCAGCACCAGCAGCUGCAAACCUACCCAGCUAUGCGGAUCAGAUGCAAGCCGCGUUCCUUGAUUACCAGCGUCAGCGAUUGGAAUUUGAGCAGCAGCAGCAACAGUUGCUGCAAAAGCUCUACACAUACUAUCCCGAUGUCUCUGGUCAGCAGCAGCACCAGCUGCAACAUGAACUGCCACACGGACAGCAACAACAUCAGCCCAACGGCAUUGAAAACGAUGGCAAUCGGUUCUACACGCGCCAAGCCUUUGGCAGCAACAACGGAUUGCAGUCGCAGCCGCGCCAGCAGACGCAGCUAUCACAAGGUCAGCCAGCGGCGGCCGUCGGCGGACUGGCCAACUUCUACUCGACCCAGCAGCACAUGGGAUUCUUGCAGCAGCAGCAGCAGGAUGUGCUCCGCGAUCAGCAGCAGAACGUUGCCCAGCAGUUCGCCACCGGUCAACUUGCGCCCAACACCAGCACCAACUACGGCAUGGCAGUCCCCGACUCCUCCGAGCUGGGUCCUGCAUCGUACCAACCUGCAUCAGCCGUAUCCCACGUGAGAUACAGUAGCGGCAAUCUUAACUAUAACUUCUAGUUAUCAAGUUCCAAAUGCCAGGCGCUGUUGCACCUCGGAUCAUAGACCGUCCGAGAAGUGGACUAGAACCCUCAACCUAAGCCCGCCAUCAAACUGAAUAUCUGAUUAUAUCAAAACCAUAUAUUUUUUUUCUGUCCCAAGCAAUUUUUUUUUUUCAUAUUUAGUCCUAAUUUAUUUUUAUCGUAAUAGUCAUUAUUAUUAUAAUCAUUUUGUAACAAUGUGAAAAUUUUGCAGCAGCGUAGCUAUGAGUCGAAAAUUGUGAAUAAUAAAUUUUGCAUAAACCCAAAUUUGAA